GUGAGCAACCAUUGAGGGCGGCCAGGGUGCCAGUGAGCCCCCUCCCCUCCCCUCCCCCCCCCCAUCUGCUCGGUGUGUGGGCUGAGCUUCGAGGGGCUGAGCAUCAAUGGGGGACCACAUGACGGGAAACAACAAGGAGAAGCGUUACGAGUGCGACGUGUGUGGCAAGGCCUGGUGGUGCCCAAACGAGCUGGAGGCACACCGGCGGGUGCACAGCAGUGAACGGCCCUUCACCUGCUCCGACUCUGGAAAAGGCUUCAAGUCGUACUUGAACCUGAAGAGGCACAGGUGCCUGCACACGGGGGAGUGCCCCUACACCUGCAGCGACUGUGGCAAGGGCUUCACCCGCUACAACAGACCGCUGGAGCACCGGCGCACCCACACUGGUGAGAGCCCCUACACCUGCGUCCAGUGCGGCAAGGGCUUCCCCAGACCUAACCAGGACAUGAAGCAGGAUGUGGAACUCGGCCUGGUUCUCAUACUCAGCCAGCCAUCAGCCUGGCCACCAACUGGGCUCCAGUGGAGGCCCAACUUCAUCUCCGUUCUCGUCCUUGACCCCGGACCAAGGCUUGCAUUGAUUCCAGCGGCAGCUUUUUUGGCCCCGGUCACUGCCCCAUCCUAA